AUCUUUCAAGCUCAAAAUCACCGAAAAUUCUGGUAAAAAGAAAAGAAAAGAAAGAAAGCUCCUACUAUAAGUAGAAAAAAUAUCAUUUUUCGUUGCAUCGCUUUUCCAAACUCCUAUCAAUACCAAAAAGAAAAACCCUCCUAUAAGUACAUGGUUUUUGCACGUUAAAAUUCGAGAGAGGGACUGUGAAAGAUGUACAAGUCGAGAUUGCAAGAGCUUUGCCAGAAGAAAGCAUGGAGGUUACCAGAGUACAACGUCACAAAACAAGGCCAAGAUCACAAUCCUCGAUUCGAAGCUACCGUGGAUGUAAACGGCAUGUCGUUUCAGUCUCAGAAUCCGGCCAAGUCUUCCAAGGAAGCCCAAAAUGACGCCGCUUAUCUCGCUUUCCUUCAUUUCACUGCGCCCCCUCUUCCUGAUCCUGAUUCUGUGAUUCUUGCAGGUUCUUCAAAUGCAAUUGCAAAUUUUGAUAGUAAUACUACUAACAGAAGCCUGCAACCAGAAAGACAAGAAGCAUGUCGAGAUUCUCAUGUCAGUGACUGUGCUUCUAUUUGCAACAAUAAUGAAAAAUUUAAAGAUAUGCAACACUUCUACAAGAAUUUACUGCAAAAUUAUGCUCAAAAGAGAAAUGUUAGCCGACCAGUAUAUUCUUGUGAGGUUGAGGGUCCACCUCAUGCAAGUCGUUUUAGGUGCAAGGUCACUAUUGAUGAGAAAACCUAUGAGGGUUUGGAGUUUUUUCCAACUAUAAAGGAAGCUGAACAUGCAGCUGCAAGAGUUGCAUUAUCAUGUUUAACACCAGAUGCUAUUGAAGAAGUCCAGGAAGACUCUAGCUUAUUCAAGAACCUUUUGCAAGAAUUAACGCAGAAGGAAGGUUGUCCUCUACCAGUUUACACCACAACUAGAUCUGGAGAAGCCCAUGCAUCAAUGUUUGUUUCCAGUGUUGAGGUGAAAGGAGAGGCUUUCACUGGACAGGGAGCAAGAACCAAAAAGCAAGCUGAGUUUUUGGCAGCAAAAGUUGCAUACACUAAGCUUAAAGAGUGCAAGUCAAAUAAGGUCUCAACAAACAUAACUCCGGCCUACCAUGAGCUGGAAGGGCAUGUGGUCUCAUCUUUCCACUCGCCAACAAAUGUCAAUGCUGGUACUGAACAAAAUCUUGGAUCCAAAUCCGGUUCAUUGCUUAAUUCAAGCUCAACUUUAGGGGCAGAUCGGCAGGAUGAUCGAGUUCAUGUAACGUUUAUGGAUCAUCACUCUGAUCAAUUCCCACAACCAGAGAUGACUACUGAUUGGGAAAGUAGUCCAUCCUCACCGAUUUUGUCUGAUCAUCCUCUGCCGGAAGAUAACCCCUCAACAGCUAAUAUUCCGUCUAAUCACUGGGUGACAACAAAUUUAGUUGAGGAUUCAAUGAAGCAGCAUGUUGAAAUGAGUAGCAUAUCUUGCAACAGGAUCAUAGUUCGUCCACGGGUACCGAACAUGAAGUUUCCUGCAGGUAGCACUGUUCUGCCAAUGAGUGACAACGUUUGGGUUGCCGUAAAGCUUGGAUCUGAUCCAAACCAGUGACUUUCAAUGAACCUAAUAUUUACGGUUUAAGCGAUCAGGUUCUUAACUAGAAUUAUGAGUUCUGAAAUGAGUUUUCAUAUGUAUGUAUUUGUUUGCAACCAUAAAUUUGCUCACGACUUGGACAAGACAUGAGAUGAGUAUGAUCUUUUUAAAUUAUUAAUAAAAUAAAAUAAGAUCGUAUCCAUAUAUUCUAAA